CGGGAAAAAAAUUAACGGGAGAAGUAACGAGAAAAAACCCACUUCGUUCUUGUAAUGAGUCAUUUCACGGGUGUCCCAGAAUAAAUUGCACUAAAUGUUGUUAAUGCAUUUUUCGAUCACCUUCUGUUUAUAAAGAAUUUCCUUUAAAUCCAAUGCAGUAAAGCAAUAUGAACCAGGUAGUUUGCCGAUAAUAUCAGCGAUUCUUUAAUAAUGGAUAAACAUCUCCUGCAGCGAUUAAAUUUAAUUUUCUAGAAUCCACACAAAAUCGCGGUGUACCAUCUUUCUUUUUGAUGAUGACGACCAGUGAUGACCAUGGACUGAAACUUCGUCGAAUAACGUGAUUUUUACCAUUUCUGGAACUUGUUCAAUGAUUUGUGUUUCCUUGUGUGGUUUAUGAUUUGGAUAUAACUGAAUGGGUUGAUGGUGUGUAGGCAUGCAACAAUCCCAAACUAGGAAUCGCUGAUCGGCACCGAACGGUUUGUUACCGAACAUGUUCGGUCACCAAACCGUUCGCAACCGAACAUGUUCGAUCACCAAACUGUUCGCAACCGAACAUGUUCGGUCACCAAACCGUUCGUAAUCGAACAUGUUCGGUCACUAAACGGUUUGUUGCCGAACGGUUCGCUGCUGAACAUGUUCGCUACCGAUCAGCAAGCCCUAGCUUGGGAUAGUUGCAUGCCUGAUCUGGACUAAAGGUAAAUUGAAUGAAAUUGAAGCUUUUGAAGGAACUAACCAGUGAGAAAAUAGACUAAAGUACAAUGUGAGCGAAUGUGUCUUCUACUGAAUCGCUACCAAAGGUUUAAAAGAAAUAGUUUGUCAAAGCUAAGAACAUGAGAAUGAAGAAACACAUGAAAGAAAUCUUUGUAAAACAGAAAAAAUGGUGAAGAUUACACCAAACGGAGGAGCAGCCUUGAUUACGUCGUAGCCGUAAGUAGUCAUGUAAAGAAAAGUUUGAAUCAGAGCAGCAAAUUUAUGUUUACUUUAUUUCAGGAAGUUGAAAGUACCUUUAGUUUCCAUUAUAUCUGAUUUACUCUCUAAGUUCUUACUAACGUGGGCUCUGUAUAGCAGAUUGAUUUACUUUGUUUUCAUGCAAAAAUGGUUUUUCUCACUGUGCAGAAAAAAGUAGACAGACAGUUGCAGCUCUAAUUUGAAUAUAUCUUUAGAAGGUUUAUGGUACUUUGUCCUAAUAGUUAGUCAGCAGAGCGCUCGUCGAUGUCUUUGAUGAGAAAAAUAUAAACUAUCGUAUUUACAAUCUUCGUCCGAACACGUUCGAUAGCGAUCAGGUAGAAAACACAUUCGCUCAGAUUGUGCUUUAGUUAAUCUAUUUUCUCACUGGUUACUUCCUUCAAAAGCUUCAAUUUCAUUCAAUUUGCCUUUGAUCAGGCAUGCAACCAUCCCAAGCUAGGGCUCGCUGAUCGGCAGCGAACAUGUUCAGUAGCGAACGGUUUGGUGACCGAACAUGUUCGAUUACGAACGGUUUGGUGACCGAACAUGUUCAGUAGCGAACGGUUUGGUGACCGAACAUGUUCGGUUGCGAACCAAACUAUCGGUUUGGUGCAUGCCUAGUCAUACGACCUGAGAAGAACCUAAAUGCAGCAACGUCAUUGAAACUACUGCGUUGCUAUAUAUAUAAAAAAGUCAGGAAAGGUAUUGCUUAUACAGUCACUAUCUCCUCAUGCCUUGGUGUGAUAUCGUUGUUUAUAUUACAUCAUGGUUUUUCUGUUAUGUUCUUUGUUCCUUUCUCGCCUAUAUAUAUACACAGGGAUGUACUACUUCGAAGAGUGCUUUUUGAUUUCUCAAUAAACCAUUUGUACAUACAAAUUAAGUUUCGAACAAGCUAGGUGCAGCCUAACAACAAUGGUCCAAUAUGCCCAAACAAGAUUUAAAUGUGCUUAACAAUGGCUUAAGUAUGUUCAACAAUGCUUAUAGAUGCUUUGAUGCUCAAACAAGGUAUAUGUAUAUAUGCUAAAUGAUGUCUAAAGUCUUAAGUGGUAAAACACUGGAGUAAAAUUAGACGCAAUAAAACGUCUGAAGAACAAAGGACGUGGGCCGAUAAGGCCACGUUGCGUCCCCCAACAAAAUACAAUAAAUUAUACAUUUUCGGAAUCAGCGUCGAAUUCUGAACAAAACUGUCGCUUCACUUUUUCGAAAUUCCAAAAAAACGUUUUUUCGAAAAAUUUUGGGGCACCAGGGGGAAGUCGGAAAAUUUUUUUCUUCAAAACAAUUGGGGAAAAAGUUUUUCUGAACCAGAAUUUUAUCCUGAUUACGAAUCUGAUGUUAAAAAUUGUGAAAUCAUAAGUUCUCAUGGAGAAAAACGCCAUCUAUUGUACGCCUACAAAAUUGGCUAGUGAAUGUAGACACGAUCCACUUUAAUAUAACGGACUGGUUCCGCAAAAUUUCAAAAAACAUAGAACAGAAAAAAUGAGAACAGAAUACAUAAUGAUUGAUGGAUGAGAAGGCACGUAUUCGAAAGAAAAAGAUAAUAAUUUUCUCUGACUAUACAAACAGUUAUAGGCAUUAGAAACCUUCACAGUAGUGAGUGUGUUACAUUCUGUAUUUUUUAUGAAAUAAAAUUAUAUUAGACGUGCUAAACCGCACAAAACGUCAUUCCUCUUCGAAUAUGUGUUAUAAUUGUUAGCUCAGAGGGCUAUACUAGAAAAAUUAGAAUGCCAUUCAAUAGUGCUCGUUGUGGUUUGUGUAAAAAAGAUCUACGAAAGGAGAAGAAGCGUCACUUGAAAAACACGCCGGAUAUGUUCGAUUACGAUUCAACGAUUUGUAUCUAAAACUCUACGGACAUAAUAUUGAUGACACAAAUGAAGAAAAUAUUCUUGAUUGGUUACAAGAAAAAGAUACAUUUGUUGUCGAUCGCGGGUUUCGCGAUGUUCUACCUCAGAUAAAAGCAUUUGGCUACAAUGUCUAUAUACCAUUGUUCUUACCGAAAAAUCAAAAACAGUUUUCGACUUCUGAAGCUAAUUCAAAUCGUUUUGUAACUAAAGUACGCUUCGUAAUAGAGUGUGUCAAUGGAAGAAUUAAACAGUGGAGAUUCUUUAACAACGUAGUACCUAAUUCCAGUCUUCCAUUUGCUCACGAAUAUUUUUCGAUAGUCUGUAGUUUAAUCAAUGCAUUUCGUCCUCCGUUCGUUCAAGAUACUUCUGCUCAUGAAGAAAUAGCUCGUGAAAUGCAAAAAAAGAGAGAUGAGAAGAAUAAACUAUUGUCAAAGCUCAAUGACAAGGGGUUUAUGAAAGCUAAAAAAUGGACAUCGUUAAAAGCCAGUGAUGCAGCCGUCGAUUUUCUUAGUUUUCAAAAGAAGAGUUCGAAAAACUAA